CCAGCUGGCGAUGGACUGGAAGGCUGGCCCCGGAGCGCGUCUUGGUUUCCCGGCUCUGGUGCUCCUCGUGGCUCCCCGGUUCUGCACGGCGCGAGGCGGCACCCUAUCCUCUUGCCUGAGAAUUCACCCCAGCAGAAGCCUCCCAGCCUGGCCCCCAGGACAUAAAGCAGGAGAGAUGGGAGAAGAGUUUCCCAAAGUGUGUGACACAGGGCACGAGGACCCUCAUUCUCUUUCCGAUGUCACCAUCGAUCCUUGGCCCAGAGAUGAUCAGCCACGGUGUGAAGUUCAAGGAGAAAUUGAUCAAAAGGUCUUUGUCUCCUGUGAUUUUGGUAAAGGCCCUCUCACCCUGCAGGCCAGGAUGAAAUGCUGUCGAGAAGACAGCGGACGCAUCGGUGCAUCCUGGGAGUUUGGCUUCAAAGGACAACCGUGGCUGCCCUUUAAUUUGGACAAUGGACCCUGUACAGUGCAUCAUGCUGGAGGGAGACGGAUGAAAAGGAAGAGGGAGAAUGACAGAGCUGUGACCGACUGCUUCAAGAAGGUCUGCAAGAGAGACUGUCGGCUCUGUUAUCAGGCUUUCUUGGUGUGCUGGGAGAACACCAUGGCAUCACCAACCACAGGCCCCCCUACAGUGAAGUCCUCGGCCACAGCCAUCAAGCACAUCACCUGGAUCCUCCCCAUGCUCCUCACCAGUUUCAUCAUAACUGUCUUCCUGGGCUGAGUCCUUUCCAGGAGCAGGAGACGGUGCUCCCAGGAAGUGUGACAAGUGCUCUGUCGGCCUUUCUCCUGCUCUUCACUUUAGAUCCAGGAGAUCAGACCCCAUGAAUCCUCAGUGUUUUCCGGUUACGAUGACACAGUAGAUGCAUCAUCUCAUGGGCUUUAUCACUUUUGACGAAAUCCUACUCAGCACUUU